GGUCUCCUGAUGAUUUACCCUUUUCUCUCCUAGGGCUGGGAGAAGGUUCUGCUCUUCUUCACCCGGACAGCAGGUCCCACCCUCGCUCCUUGGAGAAGAGUGCCUGGAGGGCUUUCAAGGAGUCCCAGUGUCAUCAUAUGCUGAAACACCUUCACAAUGGAGCCCGGAUCACUGUGCAGAUGCCUCCCAAUAUUGAGGGACACUGGGUCUCCACUGGCUGUGAGGUCAGAGCAGGCCCCGAGUUCCUCACGAGAUCUUACAGGUUCUACCACAACAACACCUUCAAGGCCUACCAGUUUUACUACGGGGGCAAUCGUUGCACAAACCCCAUCUACACCUUAGUUGUACGUGGCAAAAUUCGGCUCCGCCAGGCCUCCUGGAUCAUCCGAGGGGGCACGGAAGCUGAUUACCAGCUCCACAAAAUACAGAUCAUCUCCCACAACGAAGCAGUAGCCAAAAAAAUGAGCGAGCUGGUGAACCAGACGUGUCCUGGAUUUCUAGCAGAAGACAGUCCCUGGGAGCAGGACGUGAGCUACGAUUUGCUGAGAGAGGAGAACGGCUGCGAGUGCACCAAAGCUCUGAAUUUUGCCAUGCACGAGCUGCAGCUGAUCCGUGUGGAGAAGCAGUACCUGCACCACAACUUGGACCACCUGGUGGAGGAGCUGUUCCUGGGAGACAUUCACACUGAUGCCACCCAGAGGAGGUACUAUCGACCCUCCAGUUACCAGCCUCCUCUUCAAAAUGCCAAGAACCACGACCGCACGUGCAUCGCGUGCAGGAUCAUCUACCGGUCGGACGAGCAGCACCCCCCAAUCCUGCCCCCCAAAGCAGACCUGACCAUCGGGCUGCACGGGGAGUGGGUGAGCCAGCGCUGCGAGGUGAGGCCGGAGGUCCUCUUCCUCACGAGGCACUUCAUCUUCCACGACAACAACAACACCUGGGAAGGUCACUACUACCACUACUCCGACCCCAUCUGCAAGCACCCCACCUUCACCAUCUACGCCAAGGGGCGCUACAGCCGGGGGGUGCACUCGGCCAGAGUGAUGGGUGGCACCGAGUUUGUCUUCAAAGUCAACCACAUGAAGGUCACCCCCAUGGACGUAUCCACGGCCUCUCUGCUCAACGUCUUCAACGGGAACGAGUGCGGGGCGCAGGGCUCCUGGCAGGUGGGGGUUAGGCAGGACGUCACCCACACCAACGGCUGCAUGGCCCUGGGCAUCCGCCUGCCCCACACCGAGUAUGAGAUCUUCAAAAUGGAGCAGGAUGCCCGGGGCAGGUACCUGCUCUACAACGGGCAGAGACCGAGCGACGGCUCCAGCCCCGACCGGCCGGAGAAAAGAGCCACGUCCUACCAGAUGCCCCUCAUCCAAUGUGCUUCCUCCCUGCCCAGGGCUGAAGAGUCACCCGAGGAGAAUAAAAUCAGGCUGUACAGCAGCAGGGCACCACCCAGAAAAUAUCCCAGCACCCCAACGCUUGUCCUGGUGGGGUUUAUUUGUACUGUGGCAUGUUGGGACAUUCUCAGCUAG